AUGCUACUCAACUCAUUAGUCCUCUCUCUAUCUGUGGCGCUCGGGGCCUUAGCCGUGAGUGUACCAAGCCCUAUUGAGGUCAUUCGACGUGCCCAUACAACUGGUGCUGUGAUCACGAAGUGUUCCAAGCCAGGAGUGCUGGCUCUAGCUUUCGACGAUGGCCCCUAUACCUUCACAUCAUCGUUGGUAGACAAAUUGGACGCUGCUGGGGCCAAGGGAACGUUCUUCUUCACUGGCACGCUCUAUGGUUGCAUAUAUAACCAGAAGGCCGCCGUCAAAAAGGCAUAUGACAAUGGUCAUCAAAUUGCCUCGCAUACAUGGACACACGCCAACCUGGCCAACCUGGGCACGUCGCAGAUCCAGACCGAGAUGACAAAGGUGGAGCAGGCGUUCGUUAACAUCUUCGGCAAGAAGCCGGCGUAUAUGCGGCCGCCGAACCUGGCAACCAGCAGUAGCAUGCUGUCGGUCAUGAAGCAGAUGGGCUACGUAGUCAUCACGGACGACAUUGACGCCGGCGAUUGGAACCACCAGACAGCGCAGCAGAGCGAGCAGAAGUUCACGGCGGCCGGUGCCAGCGGCAAUGGCCACAUCCCCCUCAUGCACGAGACUUACGAUUCAACUGUCAAUACCCUGGUGCCGUGGCUGAUCAACUGGGCCAAGAGUAACAAUCUCAAGAUCGUCACUGUCGCCGAGUGCCUAGAUGAUGCUGCCAACAUGUACCAGCCCGGCAACUUCACUGGAAACGGGGCAUCGAGUUGCUAG